UCGUGUGACUUUUGCUGGAGAGCAGCUUCCUGACCGCGCUGACACUGCGGGGUUGAAGCGGGGGCCACCAGGGGCCCUCCUGAUUUGAAACAAGUGGCCUGCGCCUUUUAGGUGACGGGGGACUGUGUAACAUGAGCAGGGAUGAAAACUGUGCGCUGGAUCCGGCUGCCAGUGCAGAUGCUGUUCGCCAAAGAGAGAGAGAGGAGGUGCAUGAUGGACCCCGUCACAGCGCUGCUCAUCCUGGUCACAACUUUGCCGUUUUGCUCAGCUGUCUACGACGGGCCGCUCCAACCGGAGAUAUCCAACGGCACCUUCCAUCACUUCUUUGUUCCGGACGGGGAUUACGAGGAGACUGAAGACCCGGAGGAGUGCCAGAUGCUGUUUAAGUUCUCCGAUGUGUAUCCAUGCGGGGCCUCUGAAGAGAGGGACUCCGUGGUGCGGGACGACUUCAUCAUAACCAAGCUGCAGGCGGAGGACGCAGCGCGGCUACUGGAGGGCAUCGGCCGGACUGUGGCGCACGACCUGGACGGAGAGGACACCUACGGCAAGUUCCUCCAGCGAGAGGUCUCCCAGAUCGGCGAGGCGUUCUCAAGCGUGGACAAGUCUCUGCAGGAGCUGGAAGUGAAGUUUAAACAGAGUCAAGAGACUGAGCUGAGAGAGGAGCAACAGCUGAACGGCUACGUAAUGAAGCAAGUGAGUGACAUCAGGGACGCUCUGAGGUCCACUACGGACAUCUCUGUGGGACUUAAAGAUAAACACGAGCUUCUGUCUCUUAUCAUCCGCAGCCACGGCACCAGACUGAGCCGCCUGAAGACAGAGUAUCUUAAUGUUGGCUCAUAGUGGGCUUACUGCAGCUUGCUGUCUCUGGGGGACUACAUUUCAGACUGCAGAAUUGAUAGAAUUGGGAGGGCUUGUCGAAUUGGGGGCAUAAGCUGAAAUGAAUGCAAGUCUAUGUAAUGUGUCCAAAAGUGACAUGAAUCACAGUGAGUGUGUGUGUGUGUGUGUGUGAGAGAGAGAGAGAGAGGACCCUCCAGUUCAACAAACAACUGGAAAGUUGAUUGCGGCUUAUGAAUAUUCUUCCUGAGUAUCUCGAAUAUCCUUCACCUUGGGUUAUCCCCAUUCCUUCAACAUGUGUCAUUAAAUGGAGCUGGAACAAAAACAUCUCCAAGUUCCUCUGAGUCAGGAGGGACAACAGGAAAUGUGGACAUGAAUUAUGUCUUCAUGGAGCUUUGGGUGCCACCGCUGAGGAGAAGUUUUAAUCAGGAGGGAGUGUGAAAACAAAAGCCCCCUGAGUGGAUUUAUCAGCCUUUUAAUCAAUAAUAUAUCAGCAAUUUGGUCUGUGGGUUAUUACUGAUCAAAUAAUUCAUCACAUACGUUUUUAAUUUGCCUUUUAUUUUUAAAGUAAGACAACAUAUGUUUCACCAACAUCGGUGCUCUGCUGCUCAUGUGUCCUGAAGCGUUUGUUACGUUGCCAUGCAGUGUUGUACUGUAAAAACCAUCUCCGCCCUUUGAAGACUGAAAACCUUUGAAAUCUGAACUUUUGAUUUUCCUCCUCUGUCAUGUCUUCUACGUCACAGUGUUUGUUGUUGGCACAAGUGCCAGACUUGACUGGUCUGUCAAGUGGCCCUGGUUAAUUGGCGUCUGAAGUCUGUCACUGCCUCCCACUUCCAUCUGGAAACAAUCUACUCAAGUAUGAAAUAUGUUUGUCCGGAGACAGUCGCUCUCAGCUUUAUCUACUCUUUGGUCUGUCGUGAUCUCUAAUAUUUGUGGUGAUAUGAAAUAUUGUGUGUUGACAUUUUGAGUUGAUUGUAUGAUGCAGUUUUAGUAAAAAAAAAAAAAAAAAAAAA